AUGGCCUUACCCACUAGAGGCCGCGUUAUUCUCGAGACUACGGUGGGAGAGAUAGACAUCGAGCUCUGGUCAAGAGAAGCACCGAAAGCAUGUCGCAACUUUAUAGCUUUGGCUAUGGAAGGGUACUACGAUGGUGUCAUAUUCCAUAGAGUCGUACCGGAUUUCUUAGUCCAAACCGGAGAUCGUACAGGGACAGGAGGUGGAGGGGAGUCAUUCUAUGGCGAACCUUUCGAGGACGAGAUCCACCCGCGCUUGAAGUUCGUGCACAGAGGUCUGGUGGGCUGCGCAAAUAAUGGCACUAAGAACUCGAAUGAUUCGCAAUUCUUCAUCACACUAAGCCGCGCUGAUGAGUUGAAUGGGAAGCAUACGCUGUGGGGCCGGUGUGUUGGCGAUACUAUCUUCAACGUUCUGAAGAUUGGUGCUCUCGAGCUUGACGAAAAUGAGAAACCAUUAUAUCCCCCGAAGAUCAAUCGUGUACGAAUCGUGGACAAUCCCUUCGAUGACAUUAUCCCCCGAAUAACUGCAGAAGAGAAACGUGCUCAGCAGCGUGCUCGCGAAGAAGCUCAGCGAGAGCGGGAGGAGCAACAGCGGCGAAAAGGGGCGAAAAAGUAG